AUGAACAACUUCCAGGGAAGAGUGACCUUGGAGGAUGUCACCAUGGCGUUUACCCAGGAGGAGUGGCAGCAGCUGAGCUCCGAACAGAAGAACCUCUACAAGGACGUGACCUUGGAGAACUACAGAAACCUGGUCUCUGUGGACAUAAAAAGCUGUGUAAAAAGUAAUUCUUACAACAUAUACAGAAGAGGAAUUGGUGGUAGUCCAUCCAAACUUAUAGAAAAACAACUUUUAUGUAAUUCCCGCCAGAAGUUAUUCAGUUCAAAAUCAUGCCUUCAGAUUCCCCUAAGGAUAGAACCAGUUGAGAAAUCCUUUGGACAGAAUAAACUUGGGCAAGCAUCCAAGGAGACACACAGGCUCAAGAAACAUCAGCAAACUGUUACAGGAGAACAAUACUAUACAUGUGGUGAAUGUGGAAAAGUCUACAAGCAAAAGCCGAAUCUCAUUCAGCAUCAGAGGACCCAUACUGAAGAGAAACCGUAUGAAUGUAAAACAUGUGGAAAAGCCUUUUCCUGGAAAUCAUCCUGCAGCAAUCAUAAGAAAAUCCAUAAUGUAGAGAAAGCUUAUGAAUGUGAAAAAUGUGGAAAGUCAUUUAAACAGCAUUCAACCCUCAUUCAACAUAAAAAAAUUCACUCUGGACAAAAACCCUAUGGCUGUAAUGACUGUGCAAAAGCUUUCAUUUACAAGUCAGAUCUUGUGAAACACCAGAGAACACACACAGGAGAGAAACCUUAUAAAUGUAGCAUAUGUGAAAAGGCCUUUGCCCAGAAACCAAAUGCCACAGAUCAUGAGAAAAUCCAUGCUAGGGAGAGAGCUUUUGUGUGUGACCUAUGUGGCAAUACCUUUAUUCAGAAGAAAAAUCUCAUUCAACAUAAAAUAAUCCACACUGGAAAAAAAUCCUAUGAAUGUAAUAGAUGUGGGAAGGCUUUCUUCCAGAAGUCAAACCUUCACAGCCAUCAGAAAAUUCAUAGUGGAGAGAGGGCCUAUGAAUGUAAGGAAUGUGGAAAAUUCUUUGGUGGAAAGCUUAGCCUUAGUUUGCAUAAGAAAACUCAUUCGGGACAAAAACCUUAAUGUUCUGAGUGUGGGAAAGCCUUCAUUGACAAGUCAGACCUUAUUAGACACCAGAGAAGAAUUCACAACAGAGAGGAAGGCCGUGCACAGGAAAAAUAUGGGGAUGCUUUCCAUUAA